AUGGAGAGGUUGAGACAUGACUUCUCUAAGCAUACCUCGAGGUUAAUAGAAGUGUCCGAGUCAGUGGAACAUGGUUCGUUCAUGGGCCUGGUACAAGCGGUACAGACUGCCUUGCUCGCUCACUUGGAGAUUCUAACUGACACUUGGGAGGCGUCUCUCAUCAGUGCUAGAGAGAAGUAUACUGAAGCAAGUUGGAGCCUAUGGAAUUGGCGCGGUUAUAUUGGAGUCUUGGGGCCUUCGAACAUGCUCUUCCAGAUGUACGACGAUCUCGACGUCCACCUUUUUGAUAUCGUCAAUAAAAUGGCUGAUGUGGAAGCGGGACGCGAACCACGAUGGGUUGUUGCACUUCGAACAGCUAGUGUUCCGUUUCGAUCCCUUUAUUCAUCGUUUGAGCAACCAAAAAUUGAUUGCAAGAAAGACCACAGCCUCGUUGCGAUUCGACAUUUUCUUGUGGCACAACAGAUACUGCUAAGCCUCUCGCAGUACAAUGAGCGACAUCGCUCGCAUGGUGCCCCACCAUCGCUCAGAGUCGACUUUGCGGCACUUAUGAAUGUAUCCAUUGCUCGUCUAGCAUGUUGGUGUCUUGUUGUAUCGAGCGAGGCGCUACAUAUUGCUGGAUUGUUAGCUGAGCCAUCUACUGUAGAAGGAGCUGCCGCAGCCCUAUGCGGUAUACAAACGCAUAGAUUCUUUUCCAUGUUGGAUUUGGCAGAGCUGCCAGAAAGUGGUCCAUCUGAGACUAGAUCGUCGCUUUGUGAAUGGCUUUCUGCUUCUGACGAUUCAAGUGGAAGUGGAGAGUAUUUUCGGGAAGUGCUUCAAUCACCUAAUAACUUUGCCGCGCAAUUUUUCAAAGCGCACGAUAUAAGUUCGUCCACCCUCAUGCAAUGUGGACGUACUCGACAGGCAGCGCACAUUGGUUGGAAGAUGGCUGAGUGGAUGAGAAGGAACAGCCGAGAUGCUGGAGCAUUGCCGUUGGAGCUACGUUUUGUAUCGUCGUUGCUAGAAAGUGGUACAAAAUCUCAAGCUUUGGUUGAUGUAAUGAAGCGCAUUGUUCCGUACCUGAAAGACGACAUCGAUUUUGAACGGUUACUGUCUUAUCGGUUAUAUAUAGCAGUACACGAUGCUGAUGAAAUGGAGCGAACAAAAUAUGCUGAGGAAUUCAUCGCCCAACUUGUCGAGAGGAGACAAGACAAAGGGAGUAAGAAUGGCCGAACCGCCGGGCAUCCCGAAAAAUCUGUUUCGUGCCACUGUAAAAGGCUUCACACCAAUCAUACAAUGAAGUCAUCACUUCCUAUUUCAAUUCCGAAUUUUUGCCUCCGAGUUAAGCUUCGAGAAGUUGAUGAGCAUGUGCUGUCGCGGCGAAAAGGAGCUGUGUACGAUGUGCAUUUCAGUGAACGAGAACAAGUUUCACGUGUGAUAACGUUGAACAAACCAAGAGAACUCAGAAAAUCGAUUUCUCGAUCGAAAUCCCCAGUGGUCUCACGUCAUCCGAUAGAGGAACUCUUCCUCAUUUGCUCCGGUCAAGAAUUACACCCGGGAAACAAUGAAAUCACAGUAUCCGGUCUAAUUCAAACUCGUGGUUGUUUUUUAUUGGAUAGUGUUCAAGCGAGAUUGUUGGACGAUCUGGUAUCGAUAGACAUCGAUGACGUGAAAACGAAGCGGUUGGUAGCGAUUUUCGUCCAAAGCACACCGAAUAAGCUGUGGAUAGAGGAAAGCAAAGAUCUUUUGGCGGGAGUUGUGCAACGGGUCAACAUUACUGUUGAAGCUGGCUCGAUAACACUGUUUGAGCUGGAAAUAGCACGAGCUGCCGGUCAUGCUGAUCAGUGGACCGUUGUGCUGGAGAAUGCCAUGAUUGAAGCGGUCGAUCCGACUGUGACGAAAGAAACACCAAAUCAGCUCGGCAAGCUGCUGAACAGGGACCUUGGUGAAUUAAUACCGAAUGUCGUCUCAAGUCUUGUCUGGGUGCUGCCCAUAACUGGUGAAUUGCCAAUUUCACAUCGGCUGUCAAUAGACUAUCGAGUGAAACCAACAAAAGAGUCUGAGUCGGAAUCUGGUGAUAAAAAAUUCCUCGAUAGGCUAUAUUCAUAUCGUGACACUUUUGAUCUCCAUGUGCCUAAG